AAGCGGAAGUCAGCCCGCGGCCUGAGGCGGAGCCGGCGCUGCGGGCCGGGGGGCGCGGAGCCAUGUAUACCCCGGGCGGGCCCGGGCUGCCCGGCGGGCGGCGGCGGCGCGGGGCUGCGGGCGGCGGCGGGGGGCUGCCCAAACAACCGGAGCGCAGCCUGGCCUCGGCGCUGCCCGGAGCGCUGUCCAUCACGGCGCUGUGCACGGCGCUGGCCGAGCCGGCCUGGCUCCGCAUCCACGGCGGGACGUGCGGGCGGCAGGAGCUGGGCGUGGCCGACGUGUUGGGCGCCGUGCGGGCAGAGCUGCUGCGGGAUUACUGCAUGAACCCUCAGACCGUUCUGCUGCUUCGGGUCAUCGCCGCCUUCUGCUUUUUGGGCAUCAUCUGCAGCCUCUCAGCCUUCCUGCUGGACGUCUUUGGGCCCAAACACCCGGCUCUGAAGAUCACUCGCCGUUAUGCUUUUGCUCACAUCCUCACAGUCCUGCAGCGUGCUGCUGCAUCUGCCCUGCUCCUCGUCGGCCUCAGGAGCUCUUCAGCCUCACCUCGCAGCCCUCCUCCUCCUCCCCCUUUCCCUCAGAGGGCAGUGGGUCGGUCCCCAGCCUGUGGUCACUCCAUGUCUGUGCAGCUGCUCUGCCUCCAAGCCGCAAAGAGCAGCUUCUGCUUUUUCAAUAGGGAAGCAGGAAAUUCCCCAUAGAAAGGCAGUUCAGUCCUCCUU